AUGUUGCAUGUCUGUUUUGCAGACGUUUUUCAAUCUUCGGUUAGCAUUAUCGGCUGUUUAUGUUCGGCGUUCAAGUACUUCCACUUUUUCUUGCAACUAAUUUGUAGAUAUUUCCCUUCAGGACGCGUCACAUGGGAAAUAAUACUUUAACCUGGUAGUUGAUGUUUUUACUGUCCCCUUGAACCUGUCACCCAUCCUGCUCACUUCAGCACAGAAACAUGGCAAACAUCGGCAGGCUCUCCACCAAGGAUGCUGUCCUCUUCCUGUGUGACAUGCAGGAGAAGUUCAGACCCAACAUCUUCCAGUUCACCAACAUCGUUAGCAACGCAGCCCGGGUCCUCCAGGCCAGUCGUAUUCUGGGCAUCCCCACCAUCUUGACAGAGCAGUACCCUAAAGGCCUGGGACCCACCGUGCCGGAGCUGGGGGCAGGGGAUCUGACCGCUCAUGCUAAGACCUCUUUCACUAUGAUCAUAGAAGAAGUGGAGAAGGAGCUGAAGGCUCUGGGGAGCCCUAAACAAGCCAUUCUGUGUGGAAUAGAAGCACAUGCCUGCAUUGCUUGCACUACAUAUGACCUUAUUGAGAAGGGAAUGGAGGUCCAUAUUGUGGCUGAUGCCGUUUCCUCCAGGAGCCAGACGGAUCGGUUGUUUGCUUUGUCCCGAAUUAAGCAGAGCGGGGCUUACCUCACCACCACAGAGGCCGUCCUGCUGCAGCUCGUUCAGGACGCCAAACACCCCAACUUUAAGGAGAUCCAGAAGCUCUUGACCCAGCCGUCUCCUGACACCGGCCUCCUCGCCUUCUUCAGCGCCCUGUAGAGGGAUCGCCUCAUGUUGUUACGUUCCACUGUACAACCCUCUGUUUUUAACACAGGGACUUCAAUAAAACAUUGCUUUUGCUGUAA